UUCCGAGUUGUAGUCCGUCCUCCCUGUCUGAAUUCGGGUCGCUGCCCCACCGUCUAGUCUGUCUGUCCGGGAUGGAACCCGGGUCCGGGGGCGACACGCUGCCCCUGGCCGCUCUGGCCUGGGCGUCGGCGUCAGGACCCCCACCGCGGGGCUUCAGCGCUAUCACCUGCACCGCGGAGGGCGCGCCCGCCGGCUUCGGCAAGAGCUUCGCGCAGAAAGCCGGCUACUUCCUGUGCACCUGCCCGCUGGGCAGCCUGGAGAACCCGCUGGACAACGUGGUGGCGGAGAUGCAGAUCCUGGUGGACCGGAGCCCCCUCCCGCCCGGCUUCUCCCCCGUGUGCGACCCCCUGGACGCCAAGGCCUCCGUGUCCAAGAAGAAACGCAUGUGUGUGAAGCUGGUGCCCCUGGGGGCGGCUGACACGGCCGUGUUUGACGUGCGGAUCUCGGGCAAGACCAAGACAGUGCCAGGAUUCCUGCGGGUCGGGGACAUGGGCGGCUUCGCCAUCUGGUGCCGGAAGAGCAAAGCCCCCCGGCCGGUGCCCAAGCCCCGGGGGCUCGCCCGAGACCUGCAGGGUCUGUGCCUGGACGCCCCCAGUAAGGCGCGGCCCCCCGAGAGGACGCUGUCCCGCCUGGGCUCCCGGGCGUCCACCCUGCGCAGAGAGGACUCCAUCUACGAGGCCUCCAGCCUCUAUGGCAUCUCUGCCAUGGACGGCGUUCCCUUCACGCUGCACCCCAGAUUCGAGGGCAAGAGCUGUGGCUCCCUGGCUUUCUCCGCCUUUGCCCAGCUGACCAUCAAGUCCUUGGCCGACAUUGAGGAAGAGUACAACUAUGGCUUCGUGGUGGAGAAGACAGCGGCCGCCCGCCUGCCCCCCAGCAUCUCCUAGCCGCCACCUGCUGGCCCAACACCCCCACCCUGCAGGCGUUUCAGGGGACCCCAAAGACCAGCAAAGGCUUCGGGUUCCUUGGCCACCUGGAGUACAGCCUGGAGGAGGCGGCUUGCGGCUGCUGGGACUGGGGCCCCCUAGACCUUUCGGGGCAGCAUGGGGGACCCCCUGGAGUCCUCAAACCAGUGCCUUCCUUAUGAUCAAUCACUGAUCACCGAUCGACCCCGGCAAAGUCACGGCCCCUGGAACUUCUGGGCCCCACAGUCCCUGUCGGGAGGCCUGGGCCAGAGGGGACACUGAGGGUCAGCGGGGCAGCCUUUGCCACCCUCCUCGCACACCUCAAUAAAGACCACGGAAGCCA